UUGAAACAACGGUUUUCACACAUCAAAGAUAACUUCAAAUCAAAUUCACCAAAAAAAUCUGAAAUUUCAAGAAAUUAGACAUCCAACAACAUCAUGUCGAAUUGGUCAUCUGAAAAUGCCAAGAAUGCUUAUCUUCAAACUGUUAAAAUGGCCAAAAGUGGUAAAGAACCCGAUGUAGCCGAGUUCAUAUCAGCUAUUGCGGCCGGAAAGAAUGCAAAACUCAUGGUUGUAGCUGGUGCGAGUGUAACAGAUUCUGUCAUACUCGCGCUGACUUCAGCUGCUCAACAAACACACGGCCGUGUGGUGUGCAUCUCAUGUGACCAAACUGAAAGCCGAGUUGAUAAAGAAUGUGUUGAGUUUGUUGUAGGAGAUGCUAAAAGCCUUCUCUUAAGUGCUUACAAAGGAGCUGAUUUUGUUCUUGUAGAUUGUGACAUGAGUAAUGCAAGAGAAGUUUUUCUAGCAGCAUAUAAAGGUGCCAACAAAGAUGGAGCACUUGUGGUAGGGUUUAAUGUUAGGCAUAGGGCUUUAAGAUGGAGACACUUGAAGGCAACAUAUUUGCCUAUUGGAGAGGGGUUGCUUGUGACCAAAAUUGAUCUUAAUAUGAAGAAAGAUAAUGAUAUGGUUGUUGAAAGGAACAAGAAGAGUCAUUGGAUUGUUCAAGUAGAUAAUUGCACCGGAGAGGAACAUAUAUUUAAGGUCACUUCUCCAUGUAAGAAAGUAGAUAUUGAAGUUUGAGGUGUGAAUUAUUGAUACAUGAUGGUGAGAACAUACUCUUUAACAUGUUUUAUAUAUUGUUAGAUCAAAUUUUUGUAGAGUUAAAUGAAAUUUAUCUAAUGAUUUAAGAGUAUGUUUGAUGUAGAUUAGAAGAAUAUAUAUUUCUAGUAGGAGGACCUAUGUAUGCAACAACAUAUAAUGCUUUGUAUCUUUGGGUUUACUCGCUUGUUUGUUAGUGUGAUAUGUACUGUACAAAAAUUGGCUUGUAAAUGUAGGUUGUUUAAGCAAGAAGAUAACAAUAUUAUGCAACU